CUGAGAGGUAACACUUUGGCUCCUUCGAAGGAGUUUCUAGAGUUCAUAGAGCGGUAUCCUCCGCUGAAGGCGAUCGGAAACACACCGACUACACAGGUCUCUCUAGACUAUGACACCGGCAAUGCUCAUGUGUUCGCCAAGUACGAGCACCUUAACCCUGGAGGGUCGAUCAAGGAUCGACCUGUGCUACGUAUGUUGGUGGAGGCCAUACUUGCUGGAGACCUCACGAAGGAUAAGACGAUACUCGACGCUACUUCAGGUAACGCUGGAAUAGCCUACGCAAUGAUUGGUGCGGUACUCGGCUACAAAGUCUCCCUUGUCAUGCCCGAGAAUGCAAGUGAAGAGAGGAAGAAGCGUCUCAUUGCCCAUGGCGCGGAAAUCAUCGCGACAGACCCUAUGCUCGGUUAUGACGAGACGCUCUACGAGGUCAAGCGCCGCUAUGAAAGUGACCCUGACCGGUACUUCUGGUGCGACCAGUACUCGAACUUAAACAACCCCCAGGCCCACUAUGACACGACCGCCGAGGAGAUCAUCUCGCAGGUGCCGCAGGUCACACACUUUGUGGCCGGAGUGGGGACUGGUGGUACGAUCAGCGGGGUAGGGCGCAGGCUCAAGGAGCAUGACGCAGGGAUAAAGAUCGUCGGCAUCAACCCCCCGGAAUGGCCGGGCGUUGAGGGUCUAAAGCCCCUGGGCGAGGGCCACAUUAUUCCCAACACUUUCGAUCAAAGCGUCGUCGACGAGAUGCUGCCGAUUGACGUUGACGAGGCUAGAACCGUUUCCCUUGAGCUGUCUGCCAAAGGAUUGUUCGCCGGCCAGAGCUCGGGGGCAUACAUGCUGGGUGCACUAAAGACCGCAAAAAAGGCGGGCACAGGCGCUGUCGUAACGGUCUUCAACGACAUCGGAGAACGAUACUUCAGCACCGGCAUGUGGGACCGGCGCUAG